AUGCUCUGCUGCUUAGUCUACUUUAAUGGGCAACAUCUCAAUUUGUGCGUGUGUGUGAUUUUUUUUUGUUUGUUUGUUUGUUUUCUUUUUCGGAAGUUGGGAGGGGAAUCUAAUUUGGGCCCUGUCCACCCUGGAAACAGACUUGUGCUGGUCAAUAAUGUACUCAAGAUGCUUCUUCUGGUUGAAAUAGCUGUUAAUGUGUCCCCUUGUUCAGACUUGCGUGUACCUAGCUCUUCUGUCCCCAGUGUGGACAUGGCCUUGGAUGACAUCGGUUCCAACUGUACACUGAAAGCUGCUAAUAGAGAUACAGUUUGGAGACAGUGA